AUGUUUGCGUCUUGGAUCCUUCCCGUGUUUGCCGAAAAAGGACGAGUGUUUUUCCACAGUACAUACCAGUACCACUCUGUUCGUUGUGGGCUUUUGAAGUACGAAAUAGAGUUGCAGCUCCACUGGAGAUUCUCACAGAUUGAGAGACACGAAGCCGACAUCCUCUACAUAGGCUGGAUGUACGUUGUGGGAAGCAGAAUACUUCACCCGGAAGCGUCACGAUGGCCUGACAAGGAAUUUCCACUCCACGGACGACAAGAGAAACUGCUCUUUGGAGACUGCCCCAAGACUAUCAAAAAGGCAGUGAAGAAGCUUUAUUUUGGGCGUGGAUACUCAAUUGCUAACCUGGCGAGUAACCGGCGGUCCGAACACGAGACACCUUCAUCGAAUCAGAAUAGCAACAAGUCUUGGGUCGGCGACUUGCGAUUGAACAAGCUUCUAAACGAAAGCAAUCCUACAAUCAUGCUCAUGCAUCCGGGCCCCGUGAGCUUCUCGAACAUCUACGCAAACUGGAGCGAUGACGACAAGAGAGAGUCUUGUGUGGGUAGAGCAGUCUGGCAUGCGAUGCGAGAAUUCGAGCCAGUCAACGAUACGCCUGUAGACGGGGACGAACUCGGCGAGCAUUCAGGCAGUCGAGAUGAUGGAACCGAGGAAAUCGACGAAGCAGCUUCAGACGCCGGCAGUGACAUUAGCGUUCAAGAGUUCUCUUUUAACCUCAAUGCGCUCGCUGAGAACGGCAGCAACAACAACAUCAUCUUCAUGGGUAACGGAAUGUCACAGCCGGUAUCCAUCAACCACGCGCAGAUGUUUCAGCUACGUGCGGCACCUAAUGGGGGCUUCGUCUUGGGCGGCAGAGCCCCUAGCCAGGCUUCUCGAAUAGAGAUGUUGCCUCCACGGCAGUCGGAGCAUGCCCGUGCAAUAGCUUCAGCGGAAGAUGCCCCCGAACUAUGUGCAUGCGGUCUGAGUCGGUACGGAGUGAGUAUAAGGCCGAUACCGAAGAUGAAUACCAAGGCUGCCAAACUGGAACACCAAUGUAUGGGAGCGCUAUUUGUAGGGAUCGACGUGCCGGAUCGUGAUCUUGGCGACGCUAUCAAGGUAAGACGGUUCAAGAUUCCAGGUUCGCAAAGGAGGACGGAAGAAAAGUAA